AUGUUCUCGCAGCGCAGUCGACUCUACGCAUCGCUGAAGAAGGUGCCCCGUUGCUGCAGGCACUACUCCGAUGCAGCGCCGGCAUACCACCCCAAAGUCAGAGUCUACCCGUUCCGAGUCUCGCCAGAUGAUGCGGUUAGAGACAUGUCCAUCGCUGCCGCGCUCCCCGUUAUCGGUCAUUAUUUCUCAUCCUUGGUGGCCCGCUGGUUCCCCGCCCUCGGAUUCGAGCCCAUAAAGCCGGCCCUCCUCCAGCCACUGUACGUCCCGGGGUGGAUGAUCGACGCAGAGGUCACAGGGAACGCUUGGGUCACCUAUGGGGAGGAUACCACACAGCGGACGAUCACGGCCCACGCCGCGAACUCAUACCUACCAGGCUUCUCCACUGAACCUCUCGCAAGGAUCUGUCUGAACGACCCCAAGCUAUACAGCCUCGAACCAGUACCAUGGUCUCCAGAGUUGGAAACGCAAUACGGCGUCAAGCCUCUCUGUUUACCGUUCACGCUUUCGCCUCUUGGCCUACUCGAUGCGAUUCGACGUCUUUCAUAUCGGGACGCUACCAUCCACGAUCAUUUCAGGUUCGAUCCCAGCAGUGUCAGAGCCAACCUGCUUGCAGCCUACCCCAUCUUAAUACCAGUAUACCUCGGGAGAUACGACUACGACCUGGGGACCGAGAAGAUCUCAAUCACCGUAAUUCUAGAGGCGUCUCACCAACAAGGUCGCGUCAUCGCCGAGAACGCCCUCCCCGUCCUCUCCUCCUAUAUCAAGGCCCAAAUGGGGACCAACAUCCUCGCAUCCCUCGGCCUCGCCGAGGGCGGCGAGUUCCUCGUGCACCGCGGCGAUGCCGUACCCUUCUCGCGCAUCGAGCUCCUGCUCUCGCCGCGCAACAACACGCGUCUCGUCAGCGACGUCAACACGUGGGCGAACACGCUCGCGGACGCGCGCGGCUCGUUCGAGCGGCUCGCGCGGGUCGAGGAGGUGGCAAGGGUGGAUAUGGACGACCUAAGGGUGAGGGCGUAUACGGACGAGGAGACGCUGGCGAACCGCAAGUGGAUGGCGCUCGGUCUCGAGCAGACGGUUAUGCAGGAUAUGCUGAAUAAAAUACGAGAAGGCGACGCAAGCGGCGCGCGGAUCCUGCGCAUCGGGAUGGGUUCCCCGAUCGCAUCCCAGGACGGCCAGGAGGACGGUGCGAGUGGCUCGAGAGGGAGCGGGAUGUCGAAGAAGGUCGGCCCGUUCGUGUUCGAGAACACGCCCGGAGACCAGUUCGAAAAGGCGCUGGAGGAAAAGUUAGACGAGCUCAAGCGCCGCAGGGAGGAGACCAAACCUGGCUGGCUGCAGGAACUGCAUGCAAAGGAGCAGGAGUCGUAGCUGCUAUAUUCCACUACUUGACACUAUUUGGCGUUUAAGGUGGACGGCGGGGCGGCAUGAGCCUUUGGACCAAUCAAAAAUGGGGCCCAGCUAUUGGGGUCCUUUGAGGACCACGUGGCC